CACAAGAAGAGGAACGUUUGAUGGAAGAAAAGAAAAAGAAAAAGCAGGAAGAAAAGAAAAAGAAGGAAGGUGCUCAGAAAAAGGCUGCUGAUCAAAAAACCAAAGUGCCAGAACCUACUAAGACCUGUUCAAGCCAGCCCCAACCUGCCGGUACCAGUACCAGUACUUCCACCAGCACUAUCCCCAACAGCAGCAAUGGCAAGCGCGCGUCUGCCGGUGGCCAACAGCCAGCUGCGUCCCGUUACCUGCCUCGCGAGGUGCCUCCACGCUUCCGCCAGCAAGAACAGAAGCAGCUAUUAAAGAGAGGUCAGCCAUUGCCUGCAGGGACUCUAACUAGUGUGAGCCCAACCCAGGGUGCUGGGCCUGCAGGGGUGAGCCCUCCUCCCCUGCCGGGAGCCGGAACACAGCAUCAUCCCAGUAAACUCCAACCAGAUCUCAGUCACAGUGGAUUGGCAGAUCAUUAUGAAAAUUCCCACUGGGGACAGCAGCCCACUUACAGAAGUGAAGCCAACUGCAGCUGGGAUAAAGUGAUAAUAGACAGGACUGACAAGGAGGCGUGGCCUUCCAUCACAGGACCCGAGACGGAAUCUGCCUCAGAAUGUACUACAGACACUGACUCUGCCUCCAACUGUGGCUCAGAGAACAGUAGCAUGGCUACAGGGAGUGCCCAGGGCAACUUCACUGGACAUACCAAGAAGACAAAUGGCAAUAAUGGCACCAACGGCGCACUCGUCCAAAGCCCUUCUAACCAGAGUGCCCUUGGAGCAGGGGGAGCAAACGGUAAUGGGGGUGCAGCCAGAGUUUGGGGUGUAGCCACAGGCUCCAGCUCUGGCCUGACUCACUGCUCUGUUGGUGGCGGGGAUGGAAAGAUGGACAACAUGAUUGGAGAUGGGAGAAGUCAGAACUGCUGGGGUGCUUCCAACUCCAAUGCUGGCAUUAAUCUUAACCUUAACCCUAAUGCCAACCCAGCCGCCUGGCCUGUACUGGGACAUGAAGGAACCGUGGCGACAGGCACCCCUUCCAGUAUUUGCAGUCCAGUCAGUGCCAUAGGUCAAAAUAUAGGCAACCAGAAUGGAAACCCAACAGGCACUUUAGGUGCUUGGGGAAACUUGCUGCCGCAAGAGAGCACAGAACCACAGACGUCCACUUCUCAGAAUGUGUCUUUCAGCGUACAACCUCAGAACCUUAACACUGAUGGACCAAAUAACACUAACCCCAUGAACUCUUCACCAAACCCUAUCAAUGCAAUGCAGACAAACGGACUGCCAAACUGGGGCAUGGCUGUUGGUAUGGGGGCCAUCAUCCCGCCCCACCUGCAAGGCCUUCCUGGUGCUAAUGGAUCAUCAGUUUCUCAAGGCAGUGGGAGUGGUGGUGAAGGAGUCAGCAAUUCUGUGUGGGGACUGUCCCCAGGUAACUCUGCCACAGGAAAUAGCAGUGCUGGGUUCAGUCAGGGGAAUGCAGACACUGUGAACUCAGCAUUAAGUGCUAAACAAAAUGGAUCCAGCAGUGCUGUGCAGAAGGAAGGAAAUGGAGGAAACGCUUGGGAUUCAGGCCCACCUGCCGGUCCUGGAAUACUUGCAUGGGGGAGGGGCGGGGGCAACAAUGGUGUAGGUAAUAUCCAUUCAGGAGCAUGGGGCCACCCUAGCCGGAGCACCUCCAAUGGUGUAAAUGGGGAGUGGGGAAAGCCCCCAAACCAGCAUUCCAGUAGUGACAUUAGUGGGAAAGGAUCGACAGGGUGGGAGAGUCCCAGUGCCACCAGCCAGAACCCUCCUGUGCAGCCUGGCAGUGAACACUUGAACUCUUGGGCCAAAGCUGCAUCUUCUGGAACUACAGCAAGUGAAGGAAGUAGUGAUGGUUCUGGCCACAAUGAAGGAAGCACUGGGCGGGAAGGAACUGGAGAAGCCCGAAGACGUGAUAAAGGGAUUAUAGACCAAGGGCACAUCCAAUUGCCAAGGAACGAUCUUGACCCAAGAGUUCUGUCUAAUACUGGUUGGGGACAGACUCCUGUAAAGCAAAACACUGCCUGGGAAUUUGAAGAAUCCCCUAGGUCUGAAAGAAAAAAUGACAAUGGGACAGAGGCCUGGGGUUGUGCAGCUACUCAGCCUUCAAACUCAGGGGGGAAGAAUGAUGGGUCCAUCAUGAACAGUACAAAUACCUCUUCAGUAUCUGGGUGGGUCAACUCGCCACCUGCCGUUGUGCCAGCAAACACAGGUUGGGGAGACAGCAACAACAAAGCGCCAAGUGGGCCAGGGGUCUGGGGGGACUCAAUAAGCUCUACUGCUGUUAGCAAUGCUGCUGCCACCAAGAGUGGCCAUGCUUGGAGUGGGACCGCAAAUCAGGAGGACAAGUCACCCACCUGGGGUGAGCCUCCAAAACCCAAAUCCCAAAACUGGGGAGAUGGACAGAGAUCGAAUCCAGCCUGGGGUGCCGGAGGGGGAGAUUGGGCAGAUUCAUCAUCUGUCCUUGGACACUUGGGAGACGGGAAAAAAAAUGGAUCUGGAUGGGAUGCAGACAGUAAUAGAUCAGGGUCUGGUUGGAGUGAUGCCGCAAGAUCUGGGACCAGUGGUUGGGGGAAUGGCACAAGUGCAAAGGUCAAUCCGGGCACAAACUGGGGGGAGUCUUUAAAACCUGGUCCCCAACAGAACUGGGCCAACAAACCCCAUGAUAACAAUGUGAGUAACUGGGGAGGAGCUGCUUCUGUGAAACAGACAGGAGCAGGGUGGGCGGGGGGACCGGCAUCUCUCAGACAGAAGGACAGCAGCGAGGCGACCGGCUGGGAAGAGCCCUCUCCACCAUCUAUCCGACGCAAGAUGGAAAUUGAUGAUGGUACCUCAGCUUGGGGGGACCCAAGCAACUAUAACAAUAAAACUGUAAACAUGUGGGAUAGAAACAACCCGGUCAUCCAGAGCAGCAGCACGACCAGCACCACCACCACCACCACCACCACAAGCAGCACCACACACAGGGGCGACACGCCACCCCCACACCAGGCCAGUGCGCAGCUGAGUCGGUCACCAUUGCUCGGUCCAGUUUCAUCAGGCUGGGGAGAAAUGCCUAAUGUUCACUCAAAGGCUGAAAACUCUUGGGGAGAGCCAUCUUCCCCUUCUACCCUGGUUGACAAUGGCACGGCAGCAUGGGGGAAGCCACCCAGCAGUGGCAGCGGAUGGGGAGAUCGCCCUGCAGAACCCACUGUGGCAUUCGGAAGAGCAGGUGCACCCGCUGCUGCCCCGGCCCUGUGCAAACCAGCUUCAAAAUCUAUGCAAGAAGGCUGGGGCAGUGGUGGGGAUGAAAUGAACCUCGGUACCAGCCAAUGGGAGGAUGAAGAAGGGGACGUGUGGAAUAAUGCUGCUUCCCAAGAAAGCUCCUCUUCCUGCAGCUCCUGGGGCAAUGCCCCCAAAAAAGGACUUCAAAAGGUGCCUGUUUCCUCCACUGUCCUACAGAGAGAGCCAGCUGAAGAGGCCUUGAAGAGCAGCAACAUGAAUCUCGACCAGGCCAUGAGUGCUCUGCUGGAAAAGAAGGUGGACGUGGACAAGCGUGGCCUGGGAGUGACUGACUACAACGGGAUGGUCACCAAACCCCUCGGCUGCCGCCCACCGAUCUCCAAAGAGUCUUCCAUGGACCGCCCCACCUUUCUUGACAAGGAUGGCGGCCUCGUGGAAGAGCCCACGACUUCACCGUUUUUGCCUUCCCCAAGCCUGAAGCUCCCCCUUUCAAACAGUGCACUCCCCAAUCAGGCCCUGGGUGGGAUUGCCUCAGGGCUGGGCAUGCAAAACUUGAAUUCUUCUAGACAGAUACCGAGUGGCAAUCUGAGUGUGUUUGGCAAUAGCGGAGCAGCGCAAGCCAGGACCAUGCAGCCGCCGCCACAGCCACCAGUGCAGCCUCUUAACUCCUCCCAGCCCAGUCUCCGUGCUCAAGUGCCUCAGUUUCUAUCCCCUCAGGUUCAAGCACAGCUUUUGCAGUUUGCAGCAAAAAACAUUGGUCUCAACCCUGCACUAUUAACCUCGCCAAUUAAUCCUCAGCAUAUGACGAUGUUGAACCAGCUCUAUCAGCUGCAGCUGGCAUACCAACGUUUACAAAUCCAGCAGCAGAUGCUACAGGCCCAGCGUAAUGUUUCCGGACCCAUGAGACAACAGGAGCAACAAGUCGCGCGCACAAUCACCAAUCUGCAGCAGCAGAUCCAGCAGCACCAGCGCCAGCUGGCCCAGGCCCUGCUCGUGAAGCAGCCACCACCGCCGCCGCCGCCACACCUGUCUCUGCACCCCUCUGCAGGCAAAUCGGCCAUGGACAGCUUCCCCCCUCACCCCCAGGCUCCUGGCCUCCCUGACCUGCAGACCAAAGAGCAGCAGUCUUCACCCAGCACCUUUGCUCCUUACCCUCUUGCUGGACUGAACCCAAACAUGAAUGUCAACAGCAUAGACAUGACCAGUGGUUUGUCAGUGAAGGACCCAUCUCAGUCCCAGUCACGCCUCCCUCAGUGGACACACCCCAACUCCAUGGAUAACCUGUCCAGUGCUGCUUCUCCCCUGGAUCAGAACCCUGGCAAGCAUGGUGCUAUCCCUGGAGGUCUGAGCAUUGGGCCUCCAGGUAAGUCCUCCAUUGACGACUCAUACGGCCGGUACGAUUUAAUCCAGAACAGUGAGUCACCAGCCAGUCCUCCUGUAGCUGUUCCCCAUAGCUGGUCACGUGCCAAAUCUGACAGUGAUAAAAUCUCAAAUGGCUCCAGCAUCAACUGGCCCCCAGAAUUCCACCCUGGAGUUCCAUGGAAAGGACUUCAGAAUAUUGAUCCCGAGAAUGACCCUGACGUCACUCCUGGCAGUGUCCCCACUGGACCUACCAUCAAUACCACCAUCCAGGAUGUCAACCGCUACCUCCUCAAGAGUGGAGGGUCCUCCCCACCGUCAUCUCAGAAUGCCACGCUGCCUUCCUCGAGUGCCUGGCCGCUCAGUGCCUCCGGCUACAGUAGCUCUUUCAGCAGCAUCGCAUCCGCACCUAGUGUUGCAGGUAAACUGUCAGACAUUAAAUCGACAUGGUCCUCGGGCCCAGCCUCCCACACACAAGCCUCUCUGUCUCACGAACUGUGGAAGGUGCCCAGAAACACUACUGCACCCACAAGGCCACCUCCAGGGCUAGCCAACCCCAAGCCUUCCUCCACCUGGGGCGCCAGCCCCCUUGGCUGGACCAGCUCCUACUCCUCGGGUUCUGCUUGGAGCACCGACACCUCAGGAAGGACCAGCAGCUGGCUCGUUCUUCGAAACCUCACUCCCCAGAUUGAUGGUUCUACACUGCGGACAUUGUGUUUGCAACAUGGGCCUCUCAUCACAUUCCACCUGAAUCUGACUCAAGGCAAUGCUGUGGUCCGGUACAGCUCCAAGGAGGAAGCUGCCAAGGCCCAGAAGUCUCUGCACAUGUGUGUCCUGGGAAACACUACCAUCCUGGCCGAGUUUGCUGGUGAAGAAGAAGUGAAUCGGUUCUUAGCCCAAGGCCAAGCACUGCCACCCACCUCCAGCUGGCAGUCUAGCAGUGCCUCCAGCCAGCCCCGGCUGGGUGCCUCGGGCAGCUCCCACGGCCUGGUGCGAAGCGAUGCCGGCCACUGGAGUGCCCCAUGCCUGGGAGGCAAGGGGGGCAGCGAGCUGCUAUGGGGUGGGGGGCCCCAGUACUCAAGCAGCCUGUGGGGCCCACCCAGUGCCGAUGAUGGCAGGGUGAUUGGUAGUCCCACCCCGUUGACCACUCUGCUGCCUGGGGACCUGCUCAGCGGGGAGUCCCUCUAGGAGCCACAAUCAUCCGCACCAAGAGAGAGCUGGCCCUUUCCAGCCAUGGUGGCGCAGCCCUGCUGGACUCAAGCAGGGGCCCUUUGAGUACCUCUGUCCAGUACUGAAGACGAACCUUGGCCGCGGUCCUUGUGAACUGUUCACGCAACAGUGCGGGCUGCUUUUGGUCAGUGUCACAUGCUAACGACAGGAUGUUCCUCAUAGCUUUUUAUUUUGUGUCUUAUGUUUGUAUGGUAUGUUGUCAUUUUGAUUUUUUUUAAGUAUAAAAGCUGCUUAGAAUAGUUGUAUCAUGAAGGGCACUUUUCAGAUUGUGGGCUGGAAAGGGUUAUUUUAUCAUGGGGAGGGAGGGAGGGAGACAUGAAGCCUAUUUAAAAUGAGCCUGUGACGAUUAUGCACAUUACCAGAGGCGGCUGGGCAUCGGGCAGAGUCUGGCAUGGACCGCCGGGCGCAGAGCGCGGCUCCGCAGGCGGGAACGCGGCGAAGGGGCGGUCUGUGACCUGCUCUCUGCUCACCCACAUCCGCCUAUGCACAUUACCCUUGUUUCAUUACUUUUUCAUGUCAUUUUUUUUUAUCCCAAAAAAAAUAUUUUUUAAAAGUUAAAAAAAAAAAAGACAUAUCAAACAUGCAAAUACUUGAAUCCAGCAGGCCAAUAACAAAUGUGAACACUUUCUAAGUCUAAUUCUACACUUCCAGGUUGACAUCAGUACACAGAAACAGGCUCUAGGAAAAUUUCUAAGUUCAUCGCCUAUGUGUGUGUGUUAAAAUAGAAGUGUGUGUGUGUGCGUGUGUGUGCACGCGUGCAGUGCGUGCUUCUGCACGGCACGCAUUCUGUGUUGGUGUGUUUGCAAGCGUGUGAGGGAUUUAACUGUGGGUUUCCCUUUUAUUCAGUAUAUGCUUCUUUCUGGCGCAUUGGUCAAAUGUUUGUUAUUAUUAUUAUUAGCUUCUAACUUUGCACUGAGUGUCCCUGCCCUCCCUUCAGCUAAUCCUAUACGUUAAAGAGAAUUCAUAGGACAGGGCUGGUGACAAUUCAUGUGUAAAUGUUUACUCAAGGACUCUGUUAUUGCGUUUAAAAAUUACAGUGUAUAUCUCUGGAGAAAUAAUAUGUAUACCUACCUUUAGCAGCUUUUUAUUGUGGACUAAUGCAAGAAAAUUAUUACCAGAGUAUUGCACCAGUUUUCCAUUUGGAAUAUAAAGUUAAAGAGAAAAAAAACUGUUGUUGAACUGUGGCCAUAGAUACUUGUAAAGAAUGGAUGGUUCCGCGGGAGGAACAGAAACAAGCACUUGGACGUGGGUUGUGACUGCUUUUGGAGGAGUCCACGGUUUGGGCUCCCACCUGUUUACAGACCUUUUUUCUUCUUCAGACUUUAAAUUUAAAAAAAAAAAAAUUAAAAAGGAAUUUAAAAAAAAAAGACUUCCGUCGUAAAGAAACCUAUUUUCAGAAUGCAGAUGCGCUACUUCAGAGCUCUGGGAUUGGACAGUGCUGUCCCCUCGGCGGCGGCGGCGUGGACUCUGCCGGUUGCAUUCGCCCUUCGUCACAGUGACGAGGCGUCGUGGCCACUGUCUUGCACAUGCCGGACACGCUCUCAGGAAAGCCAGGGCUCCCGAGGGCAGCUCCACACCAUUUCAUGUAUUUUUACACCCAACUCCUAGCACUGAAGAUGUUAUUAAAAAAAUAAAAAUAAAAAAAUAAAGAAAAAAAGAAAAAAAGAGAAAAAAAGACAAAGAAGAAAAAUACCUAAUCUCUAAUGUGUAGCAGUUACAUAUUUACCAAAUAAUGGACUCAAAAAAAAAUAGAUGUUUGAAGAGUGCUUUAUAUAUUAAAAAUUGCUUUAUGUUUUAAAAAUGAUCAAUGUUUUGAUUGUUUUGCAAGAAAGACAGACAAUGGAAUAACAUACCCUCAAGUAUGUUUUAAAAAUAUAUAUGAACAUUGUGCUCCCUGCCUGCUUGAUCAGGAAACUUGUGCAUUACAUUUUUUUUAAUUAGCUUUUUAAUGGUUUUAUCAAAACAAAACAAACAAAAAACAAAAAAAAGGUCCUGCAGGAUUGCAGAUCCACAAAAGCUGGUUUUAUAGAGGAUCAUGAACUAUGCACAAACUGGGUUCAAGACUUUUUUUCUCGAGUUUAGUAGUGUAUUUAGCUGAACGAGCCUUCCUCGGAGUGGCUGCGUCUCUUUGCCAUUACCUGCAUUCUGUGUAUUUGACGUACAUACACCGCGUGUGUACAGCGAAUAUGCAACGGGGGUACGCGUGCCGUGCGUGCACCCCGACAUUCAGCUUCCCGUGCUGCCAUUUAGUGUUGAGUUAUAGAAAAACUCCUGAUGUUUUAAAAUUGGAGAUGGAAGUAAAGAAUAUGUUUGUUUUCAGAUUUUGUUCGGUUUGUUUUUUUGUUUUUUACCUUUAUUUUGAAUUUAAGAUGUCUGUAACUCUGAGAUUAAAAAACAAGUUUGUGGCUCUUAAUGUUUUUCCUCAUAGAAUGUGAUUGUUGAAGAACAUGCACCGAAAGUUGCUUUCAAAAGUACAACGCUUUGUUGAAUCUUAAUAAAUUGCAAUUUUUUUCUUG